CGCCCAUACUUGUGUUUCAUUAGUCGUUCAUGGAGAAUGGCCUUGCAGGGACCUAUGCUGUGGCUCUCGGUUCACCCGUGUCGAGGGCUCGUGGACGAGAAGAUCAAGGUCCUGGUCCACCACGCGGCUCCGGUUCAACGGCUCACGGUGCACACGCUCUUCCGCUCGGAGGACGGGGAUGACUGGGAGGCGUUCGGUCACUAUGUCAGCGACUCCGCCGGGGCGGUGGACGUGAGUGAAGAUGUGUGUCUGGGCGGGACCUAUAGUGGUCACGAGCCCAUGGGCCUGCUGUGGAGCCUCCGGCCGGUUCCAGGGAGCAGACCCAGCCUCAGGUUCAGGAAGAAGGACACUGGGACGCCCAUGCUGGUGACCAUCUCCCUGCACCAGGGCUUCCUGAGCGACUCCUUCACAGAGAGGCUGCCUCUAGCUAGCAGGGUGGUGGAGCGCUGGUACAUGGCCCCCGGGGUCCGCAGGGUGGAGCUCACAGAGGGUGGGGUCACCGGAACCCUCUUCUUGCCUCCAGGUCCGGGGCAGUUUCCUGCGGUGCUGGACCUGCCAGGCGGUGGCAGGAGUCUGCCGGAGGCCCGUGCAGUGCUGCUGGCGUCACAUGGCUUCGUGACCCUCGCCCUCAACUACCUGAACCCCAGGAGGACAGCAGGGGGUGAAUACCAUGUGGGCAACGACUACUUCCAGACAGCGUUCUCUGUCCUUCAGACCCACCCCCAGGUGAUCAGGGAGCGUAUCGCUAUCGUGGGCCUGUCCUUUGGUGCCUCCAUGGCUCUGGGUCUCUCUGUUUAUUCCCCCACAAUAAAGCCCAGUUGCUUGGUGUCUAUCAGUGGGAGCCAUGUCCAGCCAGCAGGGGGGUCCCUUGGGGAUAUUUUUGCUGAGUUCAAAAAGAAUGAAAAGAACACCCGCUACGACGAAGAGAAAAGAGUGAUCUGGCACGACCUGCUGCUGCCCAUUCCCAGCAACCCCAGCAAGAAGGUGGAUGUGGGACAGCUCUGCUGCCCCCUGCUGCUCAUAGUGGGGAAGGACGACCAGAACUGGCCUGCUGAGGAAUCUGCGAGUGACAUGAAGGAGAUGAUGGAAAUGUCAGGUAACGGUCACCUGCUCACUGUUCUGUCCUACCCUGACACUGGUCACCUAAUCGAACCACCCUACAGCCCCCACUGCCGUUCCAGCAACUUCAUUAAUGCAGAGUCCAGAGAGAAAUUUGUAGUUCUGUGGGGUGGAGAGGUGACAGCACACUGCCACGCCCAGGAAGAUUCCUGGUGGAAGAUUCUGGACUUCCUUAAGAAACACCUGUACUAUGGCCCGCAGUCUGACAUCACUUCCUGUACCUGAUCUAAUUUGGGACCAGUAUACAUGCCCAUUAGUUUUACAAUUACAGAUGUAAACAAAAUCUUAUUUCAUGCUGCAGUUUGAUUCCUGAUCUUGUGACAGUUAUGCUUUUGUAGCAUUCAAGCUUUAUAUUAAUUAAUGUAAUUGUUUAAGCUAGGGUCUGCAAAACCAGCGUAUGCUUGUUAUUUAAAGCAUCCAAAUGGAAUACCUCGUAAUUUUCCAUCAUCCAUCAUGACUAACAAUCUAUAAUAAUUUACAUCUGAACAACAAAAAGGCAAGUAUCAAAUGUGGUAGAAAAACAUUUAAAUAUAAAUGGAGGUAUAAACUGAGCCUAUAAAAUACCGAACUUGCAGUUGUUCUUUUUUCCUCGAAUCCCUGUCAAGAGUUGGACUAGGUGGACACGGUUCAUUCCUCGGACAACAGCAAAUAAACCCAAUCGAAGAAGUUUGUUUAUGUCGCACAACUUUAAUAGAAUAUCUUAACUCAUUUUGUACAAAUUGAAAAGAAAUAUUGCGCAAGUAACAAAUUGCGAAGAACCAGAUAAGGCCAUUGCUAGUACACGGCCCGCAGGGAGCCGGAGAUCGUCCAGAUCUACAAGCUUUUUAUUCUGAUUCUGUUUUAGCGGAGAACGCAGCAUCACACCAUCAUAUCAUUAUGGCCCUGCAUCCACAAUACCAAGAGAAACACCAGGGUGCAGAACUAAACUCAUUGGCAACCUCUUACAAUGCAUCCCUAGACAGUCCGUUGAAUCUUAAACUAAAAAGGAAAAUAUGAUUUUGUUAACAAAAUGUCAAAUAGUGAAGUACAUUUAUAUGGUCAGUAAAAAUAAUUGGCAGAACAAUUGGUACAAAUCAUGUUAAGGUGUUUUUUGGCUUCUUGUUAACCUUAAUAAUUGUAUUUUGGGAGGGGGGGGAACACUACAGGGUUCAAAAGCAUCAGUCCCAACUUGGCAGUCUGUUGUUCUUGUUGUAUAUACCUUCCAUUAAAACAAACGGAAGAGGCUAUGGUUCAGGGCGGUACGAAAUGGGGAUCAAAGUCAAGUGUUAGUCAAGACCACCUAUCGCAACAAAUUAUUUUGACAUGUUGUCCCAGAUAAGAGUGCCAAGAUAGCGUCCCUACAACAGACAGCUCGUGGGUCCAAGAACACUAGUUGGAAA